AUGGCCACGGGUCUGGCUUUGGAGAAGUGGUACCUGGAGCUGGAGGCGAAUGGCCGCGACCACCACACGGCAGAACUGUGCCUGAAGCAGCUGGUGGUGCGGCGGGGCCAGCCCUUCCGGCUAACGCUGCGUUUCCAGGGCAGGAGCUACGAGGCCAGGGUGGACCACCUCACCUUCAUCGUCUCCACCGGCCCAAACCCCAGCGAGGAGGCCGGGACCAACGCCCGCUUCCCGCUGUCCGACGCCGUGGAGCAGCAUACCUGGACGGCCUCGGUGAUAGACCAGCAGGGCAGUGAGCUCUCGCUGCAGCUCAUUGCCCCAGCGAACGCCCCCAUCGGCAUGUACAGCCUCACCAUGGAGGCCUCCACCGGCUCCCAGCCCUCCAGCUUCAAUCUGGGCCACUUCAUCCUGCUCUUCAACCCCUGGUGCCCAGCGGACGCUGUGUUCCUGGACUCAAAGGAGGAGCGGCAGGAGUACGUCCUCGCCCAGGAUGGCCUCAUCUUCCAGGGUUCGGCCAAGUACUACCAUGGAAUCCCUUGGAACUUUGGGCAGUUUGAAGCCGAGAUCCUGGACACCUGCCUGAAGAUCCUGGACAUGAACCCCAAGUUCCUGAAGAACGGAGGCCGCGACUGCUCCCGCCGCAGCAGCCCCGUCUACGUGUGCCGGGUGGUGAGCGCCAUGGUGAACUGCAAUGACGACCAGGGGGUGCUGCUGGGACGCUGGGACGGCAGCUACGCGGACGGCAUAAGCCCCAUGUUCUGGAUCGGCAGUGUGGACAUCCUGCGGCGCUGGAAGAACUCCGGCUUCCAGAAGAUCAAGUACGGCCAGUGCUGGGUCUUCGCUGCGGUGGCCUGCACAGUGCUGCGAUGCCUGGGCAUCCCCACCCGAGUCGUGACCAACUACAACUCGGCCCACGACUCGAACAGCAACCUGCUCAUCGAGUACUUCCGCAACGAGUCUGGGGAGAUGGAGGGGAACAAGAGCGAGAUGAUCUGGAACUUCCACUGCUGGGUGGAGUCCUGGAUGACCAGGCCGGACCUGCAGCCUGGCUACGAGGGGUGGCAGGCCCUCGACCCCACGCCCCAGGAGAAGAGUGAAGGCACCUACUGCUGUGGCCCCGUGCCGGUUCGCGCCAUCAAGGAAGGCGACCUGACCCCCAAGUACGACGCCCCCUUCGUCUUCGCCGAGGUCAAUGCCGACUUGGUGGAGUGGAUCCGCAAGGCGGACGGGUCCUUGCACAAGUCCUUCAACAACUCCACGGUCGUGGGGCAGAUGAUCAGCACCAAGAGUGUGGGCCGGGACCAGCGGGAGGACAUCACCCACAUCUACAAGUACCCGGAGGGGUCCCGGGAGGAGAGGGAGGCCUUCAAAAAGGCCAACAACCUGAACAAGCUGGGCGCCAGAGAGAAGCCGGGGGUGACCAUGCGGAUCCGCGUGGUCCGAAGCAUGACAGUAGGCAACGACUUCGACGUCCUUGCCCAUAUCAACAACGACACCGAGGAGAGCCACUCCUGCCGCCUCCUGCUCUUCGCCCGCACCUGCAGCUACAACGGGAUGCUGGGGCCGGUGUGCAGCUCCAAGGACCUGCUCAAUCUUUCCAUGGAGCCCAAUUCCGAGAAAAGCAUCACCCUCCCGGUGCUCUACAAGAAGUACUGUGACUACCUGACGGAGUCCAACCUCAUCAAGGUGCGGGGCCUCCUCAUCGAUCUAGCUACCGACAUCUACCUGGUGGCCGAGAGGGACAUCUAUCUGGAGAACCCAGAAAUCAAGAUCCGGAUCCUGGGGGAGCCCAAGAAGAACCGCCAGCUGGUGGCCGAGGUGUCCCUGCAGAACCCGCUCCCCGAGCCCCUGGAGGGCUGCAUCAUCACCGUGGAGGGCGCUGGCCUGAUGGAGUCACAGAUAACCGUGGAUGUCCCGAGCCCCGUGAAGGCGGGGCAGGAAGUCAAGGUCAGAGUGAGCCUGCUGCCCAUCUGGGUGGGCCUCCACAAGCUGGUGGUCAACUUCAACAGCAACAAGCUGAAGGCCGUGAAGGGCUAUAGGAACGUCAUCAUCGGCCCCCCCUAA